CCCAAGUUCGUGUUUUAUCUCUCAGAAAUACUCGAUUUUGAUCAUCAAAAGUUUCAAAAAUGGGAAAAUUUGUACACUUUCUUUUUUGCAUUUUGAUAUCAAAUUCGAUCGUAUCUUUAGCUCAACAAGAUUGCAGUUCUUAUAACUUCAGAAACAACGAAAUCUAUGCAACGUGUGUGAGUUUACCUGUUCAAAACUCGAAUCUUCACUGGAACUACCACCCGACCAACGGCACCGUCGAUGUGGUUUACCGGCACACCGGAGUUUCAACGUCGACGUGGGUGGCUUGGGCUCUGAACAUAAACGGGUCGGGUAUGCUUGGAGCUCAAGCUCUAGUUGCUUUACCCAACUCAAACGGAUCGGUUCAAGGCUAUACAUCGGCGGUGACCAGCUACGGCACCGGGCUGCAGCAGUCUCCGUUGAACUUCGCCGUGCCGGCGAUCAGGGCGGAGAGGGUGAACGGCGAUGUUUUGAUUCAUGCGACUUUGGUUUUGCCUGGCGGGAGAACGAGUUUUAAUCAGGUUUGGCAGUCGGGUCCGGUUUCUAACGGAGCUCCGGGUGCUCAUGCUUUGGGUUCUGAGAACAGAAACUCGUUAGGAACGGUGGAUUUCAUCACCGGUCAGACUGGUGCCGGCGCCCCCGUUGGUGGUUCACUACUUCACCGGAGAAACACGCAUGGAGUGUUAAACGCUGUGAGUUGGGGAAUACUUAUGCCGAUGGGAGCCAUGGUGGCGCGUUACGUAAAAGUAUUCAAGGUCGCUAAUCCCGCCUGGUUUUACAUUCACAUCGCCUGUCAAGCCACCGCCUACGGGGUCGGAGUCGCCGGAUGGGGUACCGGACUGAAACUCGGCAGCGACUCCGAGGGUAUCAAGUACACUUCUCACCGGAACAUCGGGAUCACCCUCUUUGUCCUCGGAACUCUACAGGUAUUUGCGCUGCUGUUGAGGCCGAAGCCUGAUAACAAAUACAGGAAGUAUUGGAACAUUUACCAUGGCGGCGUUGGGUACACCGUCAUCACUCUCGCAAUCAUCAACGUCUUUAAAGGACUCGAUAUUUUGGAUCCGGAGAAGAAAUGGAAGCAUGCUUACAUCGGUGUUCUUAUAUCCCUUGGCGCCAUUGCAGCCAUCUUGGAAGCUUUUACGUGGUUCAUUGUUUUGAACAGGAAGAAGGAGGAGAAGCAGGUGAACGGCGCUCAUGGAUCGAACGGUUAUGGUCACAGCCAUGGCCAGCCGGCGUAAGGGAGUGGAGGACGGCGGAGCUUCAUGACUUGGUUGUUGCUCCCAGUUUUGGGUGGUAGUGAUAGUUCAUGUUUAUACAUCUGUUAUUGUUGAGGUUGAUUAUUGUUGGUAUUUAUAUUCUUUUUUCUCAUGGUUGUAAUUUUUUACUGUAUACAUAAUAGUAUAAUCUAGAUACAAAUGUAUUUGUAUGUUGAGAUUUACUUUGAAAAUUUAUGGAUUUUUAAACACAUUUGAUAAAAAAUAUUUACAUCCUAACCAAUUUUUCCAAAAUUUUUGAUAUUACAUUAUGUACAAAAAAACAUCGAAUUUUUUGAAUAUUUUUAGGGCAUCCAUAAUUUUUUGAAUAUUUUUAGAGCAUCCAUAAUGCAUUAAAUUUAGGGACGUAGGAUUUUACAGUAGGGGUUGUAAGGGAAAGUAAGAGGUUGGACGAUAGUUGAAAAAAUAAAAAUUGUCGAAAAUUUUUCCACUGCGUCCGGAAAAGUCAGAAGUUGUCGGUGCCACCCUCGACCCCCCCCCCCCCUAAUUCCGCCCCUGAUUAAAUUUGUUAGGGUGAAAACUCUUUCUCAAACUAGGGGUAGUCCAGUCUUUUAGCUGUGGACCUAGUACAUCUUGUUACUUUAAUAUGUUAUUUGUUUAUGUGUCGGUACUUUGGAAACUCACUAAGCUUCGUGCUUACAGUUUGGUUUAUGCUUUCAGGUACUGCAGUGGACAGUGGUAGGGCGAAAGCAUGACCAUACACAUCCUUGGUUUUACAACUGACUGGAUCUUGGGAGACUCUUUUUAAAUAAUGUUUUGAAAAUAAUAGUUUGUAAAAAGCUUUAUUAAUAAAUGAGUCACUUUUGAAA